CUGACGAAUUGCCUUUUGGGGCUCAGGGUCAGAGCCCAGAGCAGCCAUCACAAUAGCGUCCAACAGCUGGAACACCAGCGGCAGCCCUGGGGAGGGGCGAGAAGAUGGACAAGAGGGAAUGGACAAAAGUCUGGACAAUGAUGCCGAAGGAGUGUGGAGUCCAGACAUUGAACAGAGCUUCCAGGAGGCACUGGCAAUAUACCCGCCCUGUGGUCGGCGGAAGAUUAUCCUCUCAGAUGAAGGCAAAAUGUAUGGACGCAAUGAACUGAUAGCAAGAUACAUCAAGCUACGGACAGGGAAGACAAGGACUAGAAAACAGUAUAGCAAACACCUUUUUGUGCAUAUCGGACAGACGAACCCCUCAUACAGUGACCCACUCCUGGAAGCAGUGGACAUACGCCAGAUUUAUGACAAGUUUCCUGAGAAAAAAGGUGGCCUGAAAGAACUUUAUGAAAGAGGACCCCAGAACUCCUUCUUCCUUGUCAAGUUUUGGGCGGAUCUGAACAGCACUAUACAGGAUGGUCCUGGUGCUUUUUAUGGUGUAAGCAGUCAAUAUAGCAGUGCUGAAAACAUGACCAUCACAGUCUCCACUAAAGUGUGCUCCUUUGGAAAACAAGUUGUUGAAAAAGUGGAGACUGAAUUUGCUCGGAUGGAGAAUGGAAGAUGUGUCUAUCGAAUCCAUCGGUCUCCUAUGUGCGAGUAUAUGAUCAACUUCAUCCAUAAACUGAAACAUCUUCCAGAAAAAUACAUGAUGAAUAGUGUCCUGGAGAAUUUCACCAUCCUACAGGUUGUUACAAACAGAGAUACCCAGGAAACAUUACUUUGCAUAGCGUUUGUUUUCGAGGUAUCAACCAGUGAGCAUGGAGCUCAGCAUCAUGUGUACAAGUUGGUCAAAGACUAAAGGCCCCUCUGGGUUGACUGGACAAUUUAAAAAAGAGGGAGGAAAGAGAAGUCUUGUCAGAGAAGCCACCUCUAUAGGAUGCCUUGACACACAUCCUUUGAAAAUGAACAAAGAAAAAAUAUGCCAAAAAAAUGACUCACACUCACAGAUGUUUUCUACUUAGGAACAUUUUGAACAAACAAACAGAAAAAAGCAUUACAAGAAAGCAUAAAGUGAAAGGAGAAUUAUAUCUGGAGGCAGCAGGAAGAACUGAUCUUGGGGGCUAAGAUCAUCAGUAUUUCAGGAGAUGUUGGUGCCAAGGUCUGGUACCUCUUGAUGCCUUCCCAGCAACAAAAUGCUAACAGCAUCUGGUGAAACGAGACUCUUGUUAAUAUCCAUAUGUGCCUAUGUUUUCCAUGCCAAAUUCCAGAUUCUGUCCUAGUGGCUUUGAUCUGCCGAGAACAAUGAACAUGGGCAGGCUGAAGAUGCUUGUUCUAAGAAAGGUUGGGAAAUCUGAUGCUGCCUUUGAACCGAUCGAGUCCCUGAGGAAGAUAAUGAUUUUUUUUUAAAAGAAAAAUAUCUCUUGAUUCACAAGUCUGUGUGAAGUGCCAAAAUAAGGAGUUGGGGCAACAUGGGGAGUUGUUGGUUAAUAAUAAGGAAAUAACUUUAUUCCCUUAAUACCCUGGGCAUUUUAAAUGCAGGAUUGCUGCAUUUUCCCACCUCCUACCCAAGCUGAGAAGCUGGUGGAAGGCUUCUGCUGAUGAUUUAUGACAAAAAAGUGUGGCAAUUUUGUCCCAGAUGCUUGAAUAGAAGAGAUGAGUAAUAGUAGUAUGAGCUUGGGGGAGGGGAAGAAGGCAAGGGUAUGGAUGUGCAAGAAAGAGAGAGACUGGCUGACUGGCUGACUUGGGAAAAAAUGAAUGAGAACCCCAGCAAGCAAAGGAAGGUCUUGUGGGAUAUUAUAAGUUAGAGUAUGUAUUAGAAGAAGGAGGGCACUGGGAGGAAAGCAAAUUGGGUAAUCAUGAAAUUAACAGUCUGACUAGGCUAGGGGGAUUGCAAGAUAGCUGUCUAAGGCAGUGUCUUUCAACCUUAACAACUUUUAAGAUUUUGCAGACAGCUGGCGGGGGAAAUCUGGGAGUUGAAGUCCACACAUCUUAAAGUUGCCAAGGUUGAGAAACAUUGGUAUAAUGGUCUAGGGAAAUGUUUGGGCUGGCUAAGGCUGAGUAAUUUGGACAUGUUUCCAUACGUCUGUGGGAAUUUAACAACUCUCAUAAGAAGCUAUUUUCUUAUGUUUUUACUUUUUUCUUUCUUUGUAUAUUUGCCUUGCCAAAAACAUUAUGGGAAAAGCAUAGACCAAAGCAUUAUUCUGGUGAGGUAUUAAUUUUUCUGCUUCUGUGCUAGUCACAGAAAAAGGGGCAGAAUAUAAUUGUCCAGAUACUUUUUACCCCCUCUGUAUUACGUAUCUUUCCCUAGCAAAUCCUUGCAGGGUUUGCUAGCAUCAAACUAAUUAAGGAGAUACUGAAAGACAAAAUGCAGUCCCACGUCACUUGAAAGCUGUAUUGUUUCUUGCUGAAAAUGCUGAUGUUUAAGUCUAAACACAGGCCUCUGGUUUUAAGCCUAGAGUUUAACAUAGUUGCCUUCUAAUUUAGAUUGGUGCUUUUAGGAAUUCUGUUACAGAAAUAGCGUCAAUAUCAUCAUGCAUGGCAUCUACUGGACUGAGGCCCAGGAGAUUUCAACUAUACCCUGUCUUAACUAUUAGCACGUAGUUUUGAGUAGUAGAGGAUUUAACAGAAUGUAUGAUUUUUGCCUGUCCCUACCAUUGAGUCUCUAUCACUGAGCUUUUCCUAUCUUGUCCUACGGGUUUUUUUACUGAAACAAAAACCACCUCUUCUUGUCCAAUUCCUUCUGAUCAACCCAGCAAGACUAACCCCUAGACCAUUGACCUUUCCCAAAGCGAGUAGAAUUCUGAUGGAGGAACUCCCAAGCAGGUACUUGGGAAAGGGGCACACUAGAAGGUAAAGAUGUGGUUGUUGGAAAAGGGAGCACAGGAGGUUACUCCUUUCUAGAACAAUUUGGAAUGCACAGGUCAAAGCCUGCCACUAUUACAUUUUCAUGCUUGGGUAUCUGUCCCACUUUAAAUGGAUGGUUUUUUUAAGGUGCUGUAAAGGAGACAUUUCAUCACAAUGAAAUGUUAUUUUCCCCAUAGUAUUAUUAGCAUAUAGGAGGACAGCCCCCAAAGAGACUGUGAAAAGUAGAUGGGAAAUUUCAGAAUAAAAAUAUGUUAAAACAGAUGAGUUGUGAAUUUAGUUCAUGGCACUGGGUCGCAUAAUAUUCAGGUUAAACUUCUGCCUUAACAUUGGUUAUUCCUUCUUUUUCAAGGGGUUUUGUGCUUUGGGGGGGUGUCGUUUUUGCCACUGUCUGUCUGUCUCUCUGUCUGAGAGGAUAGAUAGUAGUUUUGUUUUCGUAAAAUCAUGCUCUCUUUUUCAUAACUGACGUGGGCCUCAUUUUCACUAUUGGCCUGUAUGACCACUACAUUACUGAUCUAGUACCGUUUUCACUACCUGAAUUGUCAGCUUUUGCUGGAAGGACCAGAUACAAAGGCACUGGCUAAUUCAGUGUUUGAUCAGAAGAAUAAGAAUGUUCCUAAGAGCCUUUGGACUGUUGUUUGAGUGACACAUGCAACUCCAAGGUGGCAACAUAAGAAAAACUGACAGAGUCGUUUCCCAACCCUUUGAAGGAUGUUUUAAAUUCAAGUAAGAUUGUGUGUCGUCCCCCACCCCCGUAUUAAUUGAUUGUAAUUGAUUCCACCCAAGAACUUCUGGAUAACUCCAUGACAAUGUUAGAACAAACACUCCUUUCUGUAUUAAGGAGUUCCCAAGGUGAUCAUACUAAUGGAAUGGUACACAGAAAUGGAAUUUGUAGAGAACCAAGUCACAAUUUGCUCAGAACUGUGCCUUAUUUUGCAACAUGUUGUGUUCUGGAGAGAUGAGCAACAUAACAUGUGCUGAAAAUUCUUAUCAAGCCAUGCCAAGUGGAAAUUGUGCUUCUCCUUUUCUCCUUGCCUCAUGUUAAUUCUGCUCCACUGUCCUUGAUAAAUUGAAUGUUCCAAGCACAACCUCAUGUGUUGUUUGGGCAAACUGGGUCACUGUGAUGUCACAAUCUUCAGUCCUAAAUGUUAUCCUUAGGAAGAAUUGACUGGACAGUAAAUGCCAGCUUUGACAUUCAGGUACGUUUUGAGAUUCCUCAAGCCUUUGGGGAAAGAGGUACAGCAUCCUUGGUAUAAAAUAAUAGCUAUUACAGCUAUUAAUAUGGGAGAAGGCAAAAUCAAUAGAGCCUGGGAUGUUGAAUUCCUUUUUGUUUCAGCCCUCAGCAUCUAUAAGGACAGGAGUGCUGGCUGAUUUAUAUGUAGCAUUUUUCAUUCCUAAAUGAAAAAUUCUAGGAAUAAGAUUAAACUUUCCCUAUUCUCAUUAGCUCAUGUAUAAUAAAAUAACCUUUUGUUAAAAAAAAGAUGUGGGGAGAACAAAGGUCUUUAUGUAAAUGCAUGUUCUUCUAUUACAUUGACAAUCAUCAGCUAAAGCCUUUCAAAUAUGCCGCCUCUUAAACCGGACUGUUACAUUUCUCUUCCUUUUUAGUCCUCCCGUGCCAUAAUAUUAGAUUUUCUAUCCUCAGCUUUCCUCUUCAGAUUCCCCUCCACCCCUGGCCUCAACUUUCAGGUCGAUUUAUACUUUUAAGUGCCUAUUUGGUAUCCUCAGAUAGCGACAGCAAGCUUAAGGAAAGAAUGUCAAGAAUGCUUCAUGAAUGUUUCUUAGUUGGAUAUACCACAAAUCUCAACAAUCAACUCUCCCCCACAUCCUAUGUAUUUAUGAAUUUCACAUGAAGUACUGUUUUAUUUUUUUAAAGACUUUGUAAAACCUACCAGGGUUAUGGUCACCUUUUUUUUAGAGCUCUGUCAGUCCACAAUGUAAAACCAUUUUUAUGUAUUAUAUUUUGUGUAUUUUUUUUAAUCCAGUUGUGAUGGGUUGUAUCAUAUAUUAUUGUGUUUACUGUAUGUCCAUCUUCAACUAGAUGAGACAGUGGAGCUUCUAGAAAGCUAUGGUCUGCUGAAAACUAUUAAACUUAUUGUUCAUGGGUUGGCUCAAAAA